UUGAAAUUAGUUGGUAUGCUCUGAAUUAGGUGUAACUACAUGUAAAUAAUUCUUUACGCAAUUUGUAUCUUUAAUUGGUUCAUUUGACAUUGCUCAGGCUUGGCGAAGCAGUUUAUUUAUUUUAGUAAAAAUGCAUUGAGCUAUAGGAAAAAUUUCAUCUAGUAAAGCUUAAAAGUUGUGAACAAAUUGUGACCUAUCCUUCUAGACCUUUUAAUUUUCAAAUAAGAGCAAAUUUCGGUUUUCACCAUUAUGAAUAUUAAUUGAAGUCAUGGUUUAGUUAAUAGGUUGCUGUCUGAAGUUUAGAUAUAUUCUAAUUGACCUUGUUAUGCGCAAAAGUUUAUUUCUACACGUCGAAUUCUCCAGCUUUUUUGAGCAGUCUACAAGUAAAUUAUAUAUACUAAUUUGUGAAUGUUUAGGAAUGGAUUCCCCUGCAAGGCUGUCAAUAUACUGAUUAUGCAAUAUAAAAUAGACAGUUCUCAUUGUAACUGUCAAUAGCAACUCUUGUGCAUUUAUAAACAAAGUCUGAAACACGCAGGACAGUUCAUCGUGUUAUAUUUUGGUUUUCUGGCAAUGAAUAAAACGUGUUUGGCCUCAUUUCAGAUUUGAGUUGAACAACCGGUGUAGAGACAUAACCCAAUAUUGUUCAUACUUUCAAUACAUUGGUGGCGACAAACGUCGUUUUAAGCUAUCGAUCAAACAGUCGAACCGCGAAAUUGUCGCCAGCGGUGCCCCAGGCAAUGAUUCCGUUUAUGUGUGGCACUGCGACCCCUCUUGGUUGUACCACUGUCAAUGCAAAUCGUUUACAACAAAACUGUAAACAUUAUCCUAUGGAAUUUCUGGCAGGGCACGUCGUGGCACCAAACACAUUAAAAGCACACUAAGCUACAAAUGUACAAACAUAUACAUAUAUGUACACACUUACAUAGGGCCUUAAACCAGCCACUCCCCUUGGUUGUUAGCCGCUAUAUGUCGAGAAUUUUUGUUGAAAACCCGAGUCUAUAAAAGCUUUGACUUCUGAACGCUGCCGUUUUAGUUAAACUUCAACGCGUUUCAACGUCUUGUCUUCCAGUCGCUUCGCCGUUUUGUGGCGCUUUCCUCCUGUCGCGGCCGCGUCCUAUCCUGUGGCUUACUCAAAGAAACAAUUAAAGCAUAAUCGCAAAGCGGAAGGAAGUGCAUUCCGCAAGUACUUUCCUUCAUUUGACGUUGCAUGCAAGUCAAGCAGUGAAACAGUCAAAUUUGCAAAAGAAAAACGCAGUAAAGUUUUGAAGACUGCAUUUGUUUCUGCCUUUUUUCCUUUUUGAGACCUAGUUGUUUUGUUUGUAUUUCUAUGUUGGCCCCGUUGCCACUUGUAAAAUGAAAACUGAAAAUUUGUUCAAGUACGGCGCCCCUUUGUACAACUUGAAAAGUACUCGCGCUCAUUCACAGUCCAAACCGCAGAGUGUUGGCAACGCUAAUUUGACAUCGCUACUGACAACUGGCAAUUUGCAAGCUCUGACGCAAAACCGCGGAUCAGGGUACUCCGAUAGGGAGAGUAUCUGCAGCGUCAGCAGUGCAGCUGGCCGAGUUAAACGUCGGUCCAGGAACUUCUCGAUGAAGUCCUCGAAGGGCAUUAGUAAGAAGUCCAAGACAAUGGAUUAUACCAAUUAUGCGUAUAAUGAGGCUGUGGGUCGCCUGAAGGUAAUGCUGGCGGAUAACUCGUAUGUAGCUACGCCCAAAGUUGUUGGCAGUGCCUCCUACCUGCGCAAUUUCAAUGAGGAUUCAGGCGAUAACUUCUCGGAUAAUUUAUCGGUUAUUGAACGUCCCGUCUUCUCGGACAUUUCGAAGUAUCUGUCACCCAGCCAGAAGUCGCGGAUGAGCACUUAUCGUCCGAAGAAGAGCUACACAGCGGGCUAUCUCUCCGCUUCGAAGGAGAACCUAGCUAGUGCUCCCUCUACCUUUCCAAGCAACGUGCCAGUGACCACAAUGCCCACCGACAGCGUUCAAGCUCCAGUCGAAAUCUUUAAUUUUAUUGAGAAACAAGAGGAUUACAUAGAGCAAUUGGAGAAGGAGUCCAAGUACUGUCGCAACGAAUUGACCAAUUUACUCGGUAAGGUCAAGGAUGUCAUUAAUGAGAAUGAAAACUUAACAGAAAAUGCGCGUAGCGAGUUAGCGGCUCUUGGCAGUGGCACAGCAAAACCAUUAGCUCAACAAGUACCGAUUACCACUACCAGUCCGUCUUCGGAUAGCGAUGAGCACUUGAUUUAUGCCGGUCGCAAGACUCCCAGCACCCCGCGAAAGGCUACUUUGAAAGUACAACCUCCACGUUACGCCAGUGCUCCCAACAUUGUCUAUGAAGCUCGCAUUAGUGAAUUGGAAGCCGAAUUAAUGCAGGCUAACAUAGAUUUGAAGCGCGUUAAAACCGAAAAUGAUGAGCUUAAAAGAAAGAUAGCUCACACGGAUCCGCUCAGCGCUGUUACCACAUUGGGAAGUGUCAACUGUGACACUCAUCGAAAGCAGCUGGAGUUACUGCAACAGGACAAAUCGACUCUUGAGGAGUCUGUGCGUCAGCUGCAAAGGAUGCUCGACGAUGCCAAAUCGCAGCAUCACAACAGUGCCAGCUCCAAGCGCUACAUAAGCGAUCUCGUGCAAAUGGAACGCUCUCAAGCGGAGUUGGAGGUUAGACAUCUUCGGGAUGAAUUGGAUAGACAGCACGAGCGUGUGCGGGAGCUGCAACACGAGAUGGCCCGGCGAUUGGCGGAUGAACGAGCAAGCGCUGAGCGACGGUACAAUAGCCAAGUGGAUCAGCUGGGCGGGGAUCUGAGCAGCCAGUGGGAGCAGGUGGCAAAGCUGCAGAUGGAUCUGGAGCGUCAGAAACGCUACGAAACCGAUCUAAAGCGCGAUGUGGCCAAUCGUAAUUCUCAGAUCGAGGAGCUGAAACUGGAGUUGCGCGGCAACCGGACCACAUUCCUGGCAGACAUGGCACAGGUCAAUGCAGAGAAGCAAUCGCUAGAACAGGAGAUUACUUCGUUGCGUCUGCAGUUGGAUCGAGCAGCACGUGAGACCAAAACGGAGGCAGCUCGUCUCAAUGCGGAGAUUAAUUCCUUGCGCCAGCGUUUGGAUCGCGGCGAUGCUGAUCUAUUGCAUUCGAAGCGAGAGGUUUUGCGCUUGAACGAUGAAAUUGCAAAUUUGGAGAAGGAGCUCGCUUAUGGAGAGCUAAAGAAUGAAAUACGACCCACCAAAAAGGACUUGGACAAGAGAAUUUCCGAAAUGCAGGAUAAGCAUGCGGAAACGGUGAAUGAACUCGAAGAAAUGAUAACAUCUCAGAAGCAACUCAUGGAUAAACUGACGAAUGAAUGCAAAACGUUAACUGGCAAAUUAGAGGAUACAACAUAUAAGCACAAUGAAGAAAAGCUACAAUUACGCGAUACAAAUGAACAGUUAAUGGCGCGUCUUAGGCAAAUUUGGUCCAAAUACAAAACUCAAAUAUUUAACAAUGGCAAUAGUGUUAAUGAGGUCAGUUCUGAGGAGGCAACUGCAAAUGACGAUCUCAUUUUUUCACCUAUAAUGCACAACUUAGAGAUGUUGCAGCCGCAUACGAUUACCAGCCGUCCACAUAUGGCACAACAAUUGAACCCAUACAAAGCACCCCACAACUACACAACAACGCUGACGACGACUACAAGCCCAGCAGCUCCUACGGUUACGAAGCCACAACGCCGUCAUCGGAACCAACUGCUCCAGUACCAGCAGCACCAGCAGCAUCAGCAUCAGAUAUCCUCGGAGUCGCCAGCAAUACCAACGGCAACACAGCUGGUGGAUCAACUGCAGCAACGCGCAAGAGCAGCAUCAGCAAUGGUAACGCCAAUCUCUUGCCCGACAGCAGCCACAGUUAUGGACUCAACGAUAACGAUGACGAAAAUCUCAAAGACAACCUUGGCAUGGGGGAAAAGCAGCAGCAGCAGCAGCAGCUGCAACAGGAGCUGGAGCAGCAACAUGAACGACAACGCGAACGUGAACGUGAGGAACGAGAUCGAGAGCUACAACAAUUGCGUGAGCAGCGAGAGAAACGUGAACGGGAGCGUGAGCGUGAGCAAACAGAGCAGCAGCAGCAGCAAGCUCAGCACAACCGACGCUACAGCAAUGCCGCUGAGCAGCAACCCUUGCAGCAACCCCAAAAACAACAACAACAACAACAACAACCACAACAACAACAGCAGCAGCAGCAACUUAGCGAUGCCAGCGUCUCCAAUGCCGGCAGUGCCAACCUGGCCGCCUACAACACCGACUAUAGUGCCUACGAUCAGCAGCAGUACGAUGCCAGUGCAUACGAUCCUAGCGCAUAUGCACAGCAGCCAUACGAUGCCCAGCAGUAUGGCUACGAUGCCAACGCGGCCUAUGACUAUAGCGGGGCCGACUAUGCCCAGACUGGAUAUCAAUAUGAUGCGACCCCAGAAGCAACCUCAGCCCCUGCCGACCCAACACAGCCGCAGACUCAGCAGCAGGGACAGUAUCAGUCAACAGAGAGAGGCGGGUCGGAUUACAGGAGAUCCUCGCCGCCGACGACGUUGCCGGCAAAUGCCACAUCCCCAACGUCAGCUGCAGCACCAGCAACAGCUGCGACAACAGCAGUCUCCGGUGCCGGAGCGAGCCGCUCACAACCGCGCUCGAGCAGCGGAGCUGUGGGGCCAACAGCUGCAUCUGGAGCACUCGGCGGCAGCAGAUCCACUCUGCCACAACAGUCUGCCCCGGCAGCCGCCGCCAAGAAGUAGCUGGAGUCCAGAGUCGACCGAUCUCACGCCAAUUGAUCCGCUGCAGUUAGAGUUCAGUAUAAGCAGUCCUAGUCUUAUGCGCUCCAGUGACACUUCCAAUCCAGAAGAAGAUUCCUUUGUUGAUUUAAGCGAAACGUUCGUUUUAAAUUCAGGUGACUCUGAUGUCAGUUUAUCGCCAGCACAUACUACAAUUAUCACCGUGCGACGAUCCAGUGCUCCGGCGGUGGUGCAACCAAUAAACGAAUCCAGCACAACAUUAACCACACAGGAACCGCAGAAGGAAGAGCAGGAUCAUACUGAUACUGCCAACGAAACGGUGACCAUUGAGCGUGACUAUCGUGCUCUGUAGUUGUAAGCACAAGUUUUUCAUUUGCUAGUCCAAUUUACUCCACAAAGAAGACUUCCAUUAUAAUUCCACUACAUACUCGUAUGGUUCGAAUUGGUUUUUUAUAAAUAAGCAGUCUUUCAUAAUGGCAUUUGUAUUACACCAAAUUUAAAUGCAAUAAUACAAAUUGAACGAUAAUUCAUUCAACUAAUAAAAUUCGUACUUCCUU